AUGUCGGAUAAGACAGCACCUCGCUGCCAGCUCAGGCUGGAGUGGAUCCAUGGCUACAGAGGCCACCAGUGUCGGAAUAACCUGUACUACACUGCAGGAAAGGAGGUGGUGUACUUUGUGGCCGGGGUGGGGGUGGUCUACAACACCAGAGAGCACACCCAGAAGUUCUACCUGGGACACAAUGAUGAUAUCAUCAGGUGAGUGAAAGAGCUGAUUAAACUCCUAUAAACUUCUAUAAACAGACACAGUAUAAGAAGGAGGAGCUGGGGUGGAGGCAGGGAGAGCAGCAGCAAAGACCCCGAAGAAAAACAUGUCACAAAGUAUGUGUAUACUGCGUGUAUUUAAAUAUAUAGAUAUAUUUAAACUGAAGUUUGAAAUCAACUAAAAUAAAACACAAAUAAAAAAUCUUUGGUUAAAUAUUUUAGGUUUCAUUCACUAUUUUUUAAAAGAUAUUUAUUCAUGUCAUUUAUGUCUUUGAGCAUUUUUACCUUGAAUUGACAGAGAGACAGGAAAUUUGGGGAGUAGAGAGCAGAGGAAGACAGGCAGCAAAAGGGUCAUGACUGCUGUAAUGAGGAUUUUGGCCUCCAUACAUGGGACACUCAGACUGUCAGGCCAUUUAAUUUAUUGUGAAAUUGUCCUGCUUCGUUAAAAAAAAAAAAAAAAUCAAAUGCUCCAUUAAAAGCUUAGACUGGGCACCAGGCGGCACACAUGUGUCUUAGAUGCGAGGAGAGAGUGAAUUGAGCGAGAGGCGUCUGAGCCCCAUGGCCUGAUAGGAGCUGACAGCUGGUGGGAGAAAUGCUGACAAUGAAGAUGAGCUGAUGAAACAGCUGACUGUUUCCCAGUUCUGCACUCACAAAAAAAAAAAAAGAAAUUAAAUAGUCCUCUGACAUCCAAUCACGUCUAGCAAACAAGUUCCCCAAUAGAGACCUGCACCAGCUUCAAUUUGACACAUGCGUACAUCAUUGUUGAGACCUUUGGACGCUCCAUGAUCUCCAGAAGAUAAACCCUUUAAACUUUACUGACCCCAACACUAUUAUCUGUAUCAAGACAAUCUCCACAGCAAUAUUUGUGUGAUAAUAUGAUCACAUACAACGUCAAAGCCAAGAUGCAAAUAGGCACAAUGUGAUGCAAAUCAGGGAAAGGAUGAGAGUGUACAUCAUAAGUGAUUCGUGUGAUUUGAAAGAAAUAAACCUGAGCACUAAAUCUUUGGGACACUGUGUCUGAAAACCUUCAGUGUUAACAUUCAUGUACUCCAGGGCACUGCUAGCUCAGUCUGUACAGUGGACACUGUUUUGUCCCUGACGGCAUUAUUUGGUGUCUUUUCUGUAUUUUUUUUGUGUCUUUUCAGCUUUUCUAACAACGGAGGCAAAGACCUAAAGAAAACUGGAAAAAAUUAUUCUCCCACACUUAAACAUUGUGUCAGGAAUCCCCAUAUCAAAUCCCACUUAGAAAGGAGCAUUUAAACUUGUUUCUCAUCAUGCAGGAUCUGGACUUUUUAAAAAUCUGCAUCAUGUUGGUAUUAUUACAGCAUCCUUUUAGCGUUUGUAUUGUCUUUACAUCACAUUCAAAUCUGUAACAGUAAAACCUAAAAUCACCGGAGACAGAUACAGUGAAAUGAGACACAGUGGAGACACAUGAGGAAAGUAAUCUGGUAAAGUCAGAUAUUGUGCAACUGAGACUCAGCAGAGGGAGAUGCAUGAAAAUGUGACUCAGUGGAGACAGAUUCAGGCACCUCACAACUGAUACAUACUGCUCGUAUUUGGUGUCUAUUAAAAAAACCCUGGUCCUUAACUGAGCUUACAGGUCAUCAAGCUAGGACUGUGUCGUUCUCAAGUAGCUGGAAGCAGCAGGAAAGUGAGAACACAGUUCAUGGAGGUGGAGAAGGGAUAAAACCAGCUGAGAGGGAGUCCAGGUGAUGAUAUCAUUACAGAUAGGAUGCGCUCUGGACUUUCUAAUUUGUCUGAUAGGACUGAUGUUUUUUUUUAUCAGUAUGAAUGAACCUGACCAUGACAAAGUGUUGAUGUAACAUUUCUAAAGUCUGUAGGGGGCACCAGCAAGAGAACGCAUACAGUCUGAUAUCUAAAUGUGUCCCUCUCUUCCUCCCUCCUCUCUUUCUCAGUCUGGCGAUGCAUCCAGAUAAGAUCCAGGUGGCGACAGGUCAGGUGGGUAAAGACCCAUACAUUUGCAUCUGGGACACAUACGCUAUGCAGACUGUCUCCAUCCUGAGGGACGUCCACACUCAUGGAGUUGCCUGUUUGGCCUUCGACUCUGAUGGACAGGUCAGACCGCGCCCCCUUAAUGAUGAUGCUUCUGGCUGUUACCUGUGACAAUAAACCUGUUAAGAGUAAAUUCAAGCCAAGAAGUCAUUGAAAACAGUUUGGGGUCAGAAACUCUACACUCUGUGGAUCAUGUGCACUUAUUUUAUCAUGGACCGUAUUGUGCUGCACAAAAUAUGUUGGACUUAUGAAUGCAAAUGAAGUUCACGACCAACAUCCAGCUUAAACUUUGGCCUGAAAGUCUUUAAAUAUCUAUUUUGUUAUCUGGGUAUUUAGUUAUAACUAAAGUUUAUUUUCUUUAUGUUUCACUUUCCAAUAGAAAGUCCCAUUGUCAUGUGCUGGAGGAUUCUAGGAUAACAUCUUGAGCUGUUUUUGUAGCUUUAUGAUCAAAGUCAAUCUAGACGGUGAUCUACAACAUUUAUGUAAAAUCAUAAACACACCUAAGAAUAAGAUUACACUAACCUAAAAGCUGGAGGGCCUCAGGAUGCUGCCUUGGGGAACCCCUAUGUAUGAAAAUACUUAAAAUACUCUCAUCCUGACCUACUCACCUCAAGCAGAAGUCUCCAAAUUAGUUAACCCUAUAGUCUGAAUGUGGGGGGUGCAGGGUCUCUGGACAAAUUAAAAUAGAUAGUUUAUGACCCUGGCAUGUUUGUGUUUUUGUGUAGAGGUUAGCAUCAGUUGGUCUGGACGCCAAGAACACACUGUGUGUUUGGGAUUGGAGGAGAGGACGAGUCCUCGCCACGGCAACUGGACACUCAGACAGAGUAUGACGUCUUUCAAUCUGACUUCAGUUUCCUCAGAGGCAUCCGGUUUCUCUGGUGCUAAAGAGAUUUUAGAACAAAACACAGCUGACUGUUUUUCUGCUGUAGAUCUUUGACGUGGCCUGGGAUCCAUUCCAGUCCAACCGCCUGGUCAGUUGUGGAGUCAAACACAUCAAGGUGAGACUCCGACUGAUGCUCUGAUUGUCAUAAUAAAGAUAUCUGGCAUGGCAGUAAAUACAUGUGUGCUGUGUGUAGUUCUGGACUCUCUGUGGGAACGCUUUGACUCCUAAGCGAGGGAUUUUUGGGAAGACAGGCGAUCUGCAGACCAUCCUGUGUGUUUCUGCAGCCAAAGAAGAGCUGACAUACUCUGGAGCUCUGAAUGGAGACGUCUAUGUGUGGAAGGGGAUCACUCUGAUCCGGACCGUGCAGGCUGCACACGGGGUAAUUUAAAGUUAUACUUACAGUUGAGGUUACACACAGAAACAGACAUACUCACAGGUGAGCAGAUUCAGAUUUAAAGGGUCUUUAUAUUUGGGUCUUGACCAACACCAACAGAACAGAGUCAUUUGAUCUUAGAUUUUCCAGCCAGGAGCAGCAGCACUGAUGUUAAAAUGGUUUCUGUUUUUUUAGGCGGGGAUCUUCAGCAUGCACUCCUGUGAGGAGGGCUUCGCCACAGGAGGACGAGACGGCUGCAUCCGAUUGUGGGACGUGGACUUCAAACCCAUCACCAAGAUUGACUUGAGAGAGGCAGAGCAGGGAUACAAAGGUAGGCCUUUAGCCUCCUUACAAAUGGUCAACAAGUUUCACUCCCUGUAAAGUGGGUAUGUGGGUGAGUCCAGAGCAACUUAGACAAAAACUGUGUUUUUUAUCAAUCAGGCUGUAAAUGUAUUAAUUUUUUUCUCCAAAUAUGGCGUUUUAGCUCAGUGUUUAAGGGGUUUCUGCUUUGAUUGCUCGGUAACUUGGGUUACUGCAGUUUUCAGCAUUCGCUUCAUUUCUCGAGACAGGAGGAUGCAGCUUGUUUUUUUUGGCUAUGGGACUAUAUUAAUCUCCCGUCAAAGAAAACCUUCAGACUCAAACUUUUACUCUGUCAGGUCUUAAUUCUUGCUCUGUGUUUCAGGUCUAUCAAUCCGCAGUGUAUGCUGGAAGGCAGACCGGAUCCUGGCGGGGACUCAGGACAGUGAGAUCUUUGAGGUCAUGGUCCGAGAUCGGGACAAACCGGUUCUGCUGAUGCAAGGUCACAGCGAGGGUGAGCUUUGGGCGCUCGACCUGCACCCCAAACAGCCGGUCGCUGUCACUGGAAGUGACGACCGCUCAGUCAGGUGGGUCUGACUCACAAACACCUACACAGCCAGGAUGCGGAUCGGCUAAACCUCCUUUUAGUAUAUCAGCCUCUCUGUCUCUGUUUUUGUCUGUCAGGUUGUGGAGUCUUCCUGACCACACUCUGCUGGCUCGCUGUAACAUGGAGGAAUCAGUCCGCAGUGUCUCCUUCAAUAACGACGGCUCUCAGCUCGCUCUAGGCAUGAAGGAUGGGUCCUUCACCGUGUUGCGAGUCAGGUCAGCUCAGGAUACACACUGCUUACUGUGCUUACUUUAUCACUUUGAACAAAAAGGUUGUAAGUUCGCUCGUAGGCGGGCUACAUCUGUAAAGUUUUUUUUAAUGCAUGUCAGGGUUCACUUUUCAGGCGUAAACUUCAAACCAACAAAACCAGGGAGAGAAAAUUUUAGAAAACUUUAAUGAGUCUCAAUGUUUGGUAAAUGUUGGAAUAGCAGAGGAUCAAGGAUUGUGCCCUGGGGAACUUCGCAGAUCAUUUUGGUACUUUAUAAUGAAAAGUUUCUAAAGUUUCAGACCUUUGGUACCACCUUCACUACCUGACCCCAGAUAUGUCUUUUUCCUGCAGGGACAUGACAGAAGUUGUGCACAUCAAAGACAGGAAGGAGGUGAUCCAUGAGCUUAAGUUUUCACCUGAUGGUUCCUUCCUGGCGGUGGGAUCCAACGAUGGACUGGUUGAUCUCUAUGCCGUUGCUCAGCGCUACAAGAAGGUGGGCGAGUGUAGCCGCUCCACAUCCUUCAUUACCCACCUGGACUGGUCCGUGGACAGUCGCUUUCUGCAGACUAACGAUGGGGCUGGAGAGCGACUCUUCUACAGGAUGCCAGGUACUGUCUCGGUUUGAGGGCCUAGAACUCUGCAAAACAAACAGUGUUGAUGGUGGUACCCUGAAGUGAUUGGACCUGUCUGUGGACCUGACUUACCUGACUAGGCUUUGUGUCGUCUAGACAGAGGCCUUUACCUCUCAACUAGGGCAUAAGAAGAGCCCUGCCUAUCUAGACUGGAAUUUUGUUUAGGACAUAUGUAUCCUUGGUUGCUCAAGACUCACCCACUCAGGCUUUGGACUUAAAUCUGGACUGAUUUGUCCAGACCAAAACUUUAAUUUAAGUCCACUUCUGUGUUUGGGUCUUGUUUUGGGCUUGAGUUAAGGCUUACCCAUAUUUCUACGCCUUAAUCAUCUAGACUGAUCAUAGCACUUGUCUUGAAACUUGUGUGUCUGGACUGGUGACUAACAACUCCACUUUUCAGACGAGGGAUUUGUGUGAGACAUUUACCAAGUGGAUCUUGGACUCAAAUUGAGACUUACCCAUUCAGACAAGGACUUGAUUUUAGACCCACAAGUCCAGACUAGAAAAAUGUUUUGGAUGUACUGGACUAUUUUUAGGAUUUUGGAUUCACUCGCCCAGAUUAGCAGUAGUACCUGGAUUUUUUUGUAUAGACUGACUACACUACUCCAACUCACCUUUCUAACCUGGAACUGAGAAGGUACUCAGUUGUCUAGACCUGGACUGCAAAUAGGACUUGCCGAUACAGAUUUAGGAGUGGAUUUGGGAUGCAAAUGUCUAGACGUCUUAAAUUGGGUCUCACUUUUCUGUACUGGAAACUUGACUUUGUAGACUCAGGACUUAGGGCUUUCCUGUCUGGACUGAAUAUGCCACUAGUCCUGAAGAACCAACUGACUUCAGACUCAUCUUUAGGCACUUCACUGUCUUUGAAUUUGUUUUUUCUGACCUCCUGCCCCCCUGACUUUUCUUUUUUACCACCUGUUUCCUUCAGCAGGGAAGCUGGUUCCUAAAGAGGAGGCCAAAGGGAUCCAUUGGAUGACCUGGACGGGUGUGGUUGGGGCAGAGGUGAAUGGUAUUUGGCCAAAAUACACCAAUGUCACCAAUAUGAACUCUGUGGACGCCAACUACAGCAGCGCUGUGCUGGUGACCGGCGAUGACCUCGGCCUUGUCAAACUCUUCAGGUUUCCCUGCUUGAAAAAGGGUCAGUCUUUCAAACAUUUAGACUCCUUCAAGAACAGGGAAGGACAAACAUUUCAGCUGUGUUACUGAUUUAAUCUUCUUCUUUAAACAGGAGCCAAAUUCAAGAAGUACAUCGGCCACUCCGCCCAUGUGACAAAUGUUCGCUGGUCCAAUGACCUGCAGUGGGUUGUCAGCACGGGAGGGGCUGACCACGCCGUGUUCCAGUGGAGGUUCCUACCAGAGGGCGUCAUGAAUGGUGUCCUGGAGCCCCUCCUCCAAGGUAAAAAUACAAAUAACUACUAGAGUUUAACACAUAAAGAACUGAUCAAUCAGUCUCAAAAGUUUGACAGAUCAGCCUUUAGAAGCUACCCCAAUGUUUUUAUUGUUACAUUUGGUACAUUUCAGGCUGUUCACAGCUGUGUAAAAAGUAACACCCCAGCUGUGGCUAACUCUUCAUCAGUGUAAGAGCAGCCAAAACGAAACUUUUCAGGCAGUUGUUGAAUGGUACCAAAAUUAGGGUUUUCACGGACUAAUAAAUGGAGUUUGUAGAGCUGCUAGUCAUGCUAAGCUACUCUGCAGGAGUCUCAGAUUGACAGAAAGAAAGGGAAAAGACUAUGAGAAAGGUGAAAAUCAGUGUAAUAGGUUUCCUUUAUUUUUGGAAGGAACUUACAGUGAAAUGGAAAAAGGGUGUCUCAUAAAUAUUGGUCCUCUGUUUGGUACUAGAGGGUUACGCUGAUUCCAACAGCGGAGAGUCAGACUCGGAUUUGUCCGACGUCCCAGAGCUCGACUCGGACAUCGAACAAGAGGCUCAGACCAGCUAUGAACGUCAGGUAACCUGAAAACAAAUGAGUCAUGAGAUCUCAAUACCUGUCCAUAUUUCCAACUGAAUAACCUGUCUCUGUAUGCAGGUUUACAAGGAGGACCUGCCUCAGCUGAGAAAGAAGCUGAUUGGUUCCCUGAAGAGGCAGAAAGCUCCAGAGGAGGGACUUCGUCUGCAGUUUGUUCACGGGUAAAAAUCAUUCAGUCUGUUCUUAACACAGCCGGAUGAAUUCUAAUUCUCUGUGUCUCUAUACUUGACUUUUAUUGUGGCGGUCCUGCUUCCUGUUUCCUACAGGUAUCGAGGAUUUGAUUGUCGGAACAACCUUUUCUACAGUCAGACGGGGGAGGUGGUGUACCAUGUGGCCGCCGUCGCAGUUGUCUACAACCGCCUGCAGCACAGUCAGAGGUUUUACCUCGGCCAUGAUGACGACAUCCUCAGCCUCACUGUCCACCCGCUCAAAGACUACGCUGCAUCUGCACAGGUAUGCACAGCCAAUGGGAACACAGCAACACUUCAUAACACUGCCUUAAGAGGUUUCUGAUUGGCUGUCUGUGUCUCAAGGUGGGCAGAGACCCUGCUGUCCAUGUGUGGGACAUCCAGACUCUGAAGUGUCUAUCUCUGCUGAAAGGACACCACAGCAGAGGAGUGUGUGCGCUGGAGUUCACAGGUACACUAAGUGUCAGUGUUAUUUUCCACCCCACACACUGUGUUAAUAACAAGGGAACAUGUGCCAAGGAUCACACCCAGUUGGCGGUGCAUUGCUUUCCUCAAAUUCAGGAGCAUCAAUGAGACAGAUGAGAAAAAGGGUAUUGUGAGGUGCUUUCCACUGACUGGUGAUACACAGCCGUGCUCCCACUCAUAAUAAAACAUCUGUCUUUUUUUUUGUUUAUACAGUUAUUUUAAGACUUUAUAACCAAUCAGAGAAUUCAGAGAUAUGCUUACUGCUGUCUCCUGAUACCCUCGGCCCUGCACGGCCCAGAUGUUACUUUUACACUGAACGCAAAUAAGAUUAUUUACUUGCUCAGUUCGCCCAAGCACCCAAACACACAAGUACUGGUAAGAAAGGGAAUCUUACAUGUCAUGUCAGUUUAUUUACAUCAAGCUUGUCUUUCUGGAUCUUUGUCUUUUUCUCUCAGCUGAUGGGAAAAGUUUGGUCUCAGUGGGAAUUGAUGAAUUUCACUCCAUUGUCAUCUGGGACUGGAAGAAAGGAGAGCGACUAGCCAAGGCCAGGUAAACACACCUGAACUUAGCUUUACCUGAUAGAAGAGUAAGAAGUGUCAUUAAUUAAAUAGGUUUAAAAUUCAGUUUGAUCAUGACUUUAUGAUGGUAAUAUGAACAUGUAAAAGCUCCAGACUCUGACCUUGAACCUCUGGGUCCUGCAGGGGUCACAAAGAUAAAAUCUUUGUGAUCAGGAGUAACCCGUUCAGGAUGGACAAACUGGUGACCGUGGGCAUAAAACACAUCAAGUUCUGGCAGCACUCAGGUAACGCCUCACCCUCAUCCUUAGGUGACUGACGCCAACCAAGAAACACCAGAACCAAAAAGAUUUUUUUUAAUAUUUCCUUCUCCCUCCACCAGGGGGCGGUCUGACUUUCAAACGGGGAAUAUUUGGGAACCUGGGGAAGCAGGAGACGAUGAUGUCGGCUUGUUACGGUCGCUCAGAGGACCUGGUUUUCUCUGGAGCGACUAACGGAGAUGUUUACAUCUGGAGGGACACAACGCUCAUCAAGACGGUCAAAGCACACGAUGGACCUGUGUUCGCCAUGUGCUCUCUAGACAAGGUAACACCUGGAACACACCUGGAUCAUCACCUGUGGCUGUUAGGAUUUAGGAUAAGAUAGGGUAAGAUAAGACAGAAUUAAAAAGAAAAAGGAGAUCCUUCUGUAUGAUGUGGUGAUAGGAGCUGUGUAACUAAACUUCACUACUAAUACAAUCAAAAUACUCAAAAAGAUAGUUUGAAGCUCCAGAUCAAAAAAGUAAACACAGUUCUAAACUUGUGUUGUGUUCACUGUCCAGGGCUUUGUGACGGGGGGGAAGGAUGGCAUUGUGGAGCUGUGGGACGACAUGUUUGAGAGAUGUUUGAAGACGUAUGCCAUCAAGAGGGCUGCCCUGUCUACUUCGUCCAAAGGUGUCAAACCUCUUUUAUUUAUCAGAUUUACUUUAAUAUCCUUUUCAAGAGAAAUAACUUUUGUGUAAAAAAAUCCAGAGGAAGAUUCUCACAGAAAAGUAAACGCCUCUCCGGUGUGUCUAUCAACCAGGUCUGCUGCUGGAGGACAACCCGUCCAUCAGAGCCAUCACUCUGGGUCACGGUCACAUCCUGCUGGGAACCAAGAAUGGAGAAAUCUUGGAGAUUGACAAGAGUGGACCCAUGACGCUACUGGUUCAGGUCAGACUCGCAUACCUACAAAGACACACACAAGCUGCCUUUCAACACCAGAACUUUCCCCAGAAAUUAGAGGAAUUCUAUUGGUGCUUUUUGACCUAAAAGUACCAGGAACUUAUUAAAUGGUUCUAGUGGUCUGUUCUCUGUGUUUCCACCAUGAUCUGAAAUUUCAUACAGAUUUUGCAGUCCAUUAACAUAAAGAGAGCUAGUUCAGGACAGUCAUUUGGGGAUAAAGUCACUCUCUUAGCUCUUUAUUUGAGUUUCUGAAGAACUUUGAGUUGAUAAAAAGAACAAAAAGUUUCUGCUCAUGUGGGAUCUCUUUUUGGUGUCUCUACCUGUCUGCCAUUUUUUCUGCUCAGCUCUCUGUCUGUAAACUAAUCACCAACUUUUAAUGUGGACAAGAUAUUUUCCUGAAAAGAUCAACCUCAAAACUGAAAAGUACCACCCGGUAUGGGUAGAAAGGAACAUCAAAUGAAGCCAGUUAGGUUUGUGGGUUAUAAUCAUAACUUUCAGUGUGUGUAUUUGUGGUUUAUAGCUUCUAGUAUUCUUGGUUAUUUAAUGGCAAACAAAAGCACCUUGUGUAGUUUUAAAGCAGGAACCAGGGUCUUAAAGGGUUAUUCCGGCAUAAAAUUAAGGGUCAAACACACUGUAACACCACGUUUUACAGUGUGUAACACACGAAGAAGAACUCUCAACUCUUUGCAUGUCUAUUUAAGCAACUUCAACAAAUAGACAACCUCAUAUAGUGUUCAAGUGUGUCUGCUGUGUUCAGGGUCACAUGGAGGGCGAGGUGUGGGGUUUGGCGGCUCACCCUUUACUUCCUGUCUGUGCGACCGUCAGCGAUGACAAAACUCUGAGGAUCUGGGAGCUCUCCAACAACCACCGCAUGGUCGCUGUACGAAAGCUCAAGAAAGGUGAGCCCUCAAACAACACUAUGUUAAUGUGUAGAUGUGAAUGAGUUAACCUGUCAUGUGACUGUGUACUUGUGUGCAUCUGUCAGGGGGGCGGUGCUGUGCCUUCUCACCUGACGGUAAAGCUCUGGCUGUGGGUUUAAACGACGGCAGCUUCCUGGUGGUGAACGCCGACACGCUGGAGGACAUGGUGACCUUCCACCACCGCAGGGAGCUCAUCUCUGACAUCCGCUUCUCACAAGGUACCUGUAGGCACCACACAGGUGUUACACAGCCUGAAAAUGAUUUGCUGGUUGGUUGGUUGGUGAUGUUACAGGUGUGUGUUUCAGAUGCAGGAAAGUACCUGGCUGUAGCGUCACAUGACUCCUUCGUGGACAUCUACAAUGUCCUGACCAGUAAGAGAGUGGGAAUCUGUAAGGGGGCUGGCAGCUACAUCACACACAUCGACUGGGACUCCAGAGGUAAAUACAGGUGGACCACUGCUAGGCUAACACGCUAACUGUCUGCCAGGUUAGAACAUUUUAGACACGCCAGCAGAGAGGUGUUUACAUCCUCACAGUGGCCAUGUGACUCCACAGUCAUGAUGGAAACAUUAUGAAGUUAUAUCAAUUAUAUCGAUAAUAUAUUGUAUGUAUCAGUUUCACUGUUUAUGUCUGUUUGCAUUCAGGUAAACUGCUGCAGGUUAACACUGGAGCCAAAGAGCAGCUUUUCUUUGAGGCUCCGCGUGGACGGAAACAGAACAUCAGCGUGGCCGAGGUCAGUCUGAGUCUGAUUUGAAUGGGCGUGGUGCUAGUUCAGGCAGGCCACAAUGUCAAGUUAGAGUCACAAUGCAUUAGUCGAAUCCAUACCAUUCAACCAUCAAAAAGUGAAAAGUAUCGGCAUUUCUCAUCUGCUGGUAGAAGGGCAGGAUGCUCUAAAGCCUAAAACAAACAGGAUCCGUGUUGAGUGCAUUCCGUCAGCAUGGUAUCUCUACUCUGUUGAGCAGCGCUCUUCAUCACCCACAGGAUGUGUGUUUGAAGCGUGGCAGCAGCAUAAUGCAGCCCCGGUCAGCUGUGCUCAGUAUGGAGAAAACAACAAACUCACAACAGGUUGCUUUUCCUCUUUGUGGUCACUUGAUGUGUUCCGUGAUUGUUGGCUUUUACUGUAUGUGAAAAAGCAACAUGAUUUUAAAGUUUUGGUUUUUGCAGGUUUACUCUUGUUUACUAAAGUAAACUAUGUUCCUUAGUUCUGUGCUAUUACCUUAAGACAGACUUAGCAGCUAAAAGUCCACAUGGAUCAGGGAUUGACCAUCGGUUUGUUCAAUGUUACUGAUAAAUCCAUAACCAGGAAGUAUUUCUCAUCUACAGAAACUGAUAAACAGUCAAGAAUCUGCAUGUGGUGUUUAUUUUGGAAUAUACAGGAUGACAUUUGCGGUCUCCAAGCUUGACAUCCUGUCCAGGACGAUCUUCUCUGUGUAAAUUGAUGUGUGUUGGAAGCAUACAGUAGAGUAGUGAAAAUAGACUUGGUGCGUAUCUUUAGCAGUGCAGUGUUUGACACUUUUAUGAGACGGAACAGAGACGCUUCCUGUGUAAUUUGCAGCAUUGAUUAGAAUGGGAACCUAUUUGCUGCCUAACAUGUGACGCUGACUGAACGUGCACAACACAGAUCCUGUGUGUUUUAGGCUUAAGAAAUAAGGCCCAGGGUCUUCGAACAGAGCCAUACCUCUAAAUUCAAUUUAUAUCAUUAAAGUAAUGACUGUAGUGGUCCAGAUUGAACUGCCUUUAAAUCAGUAGACAGUUUGCAUGCCCACACAAACACGUUUGUGCACUCACAUUUGUAUGUCCAUUUUUUGUAGUUUGAGAAGCUGGACUGGGCGAGCUGGACAUCUGUUCUGGGUCCGACCUGUGAGGGAAUCUGGCCGGCGCUCAGCUUUGUUAACUCUGCCUCCCUAACCAAAGAUCGUAAACUGCUGGCCACUGGAGAUGACUUUGGCUUCCUCAAACUCUUCAGCUUCCCAUCACGGGUGAGACUGCAUGAACGCUGCUGAAUGUUAACCAGGAUGUUGUGGGAACCUGAGUCAGAGAGAGCUUGAUGUGAUUAAAAUCAAAUCUGAAAAAGACCAUCUCCUCUUCCUCUCUCUGUUCCUCAGGGUCAAUUUGCAAAAUUUAAGAAGUACGUUGGUCACAGCACCAAUGUGACAAACGUGCGCUGGUCCAAUGAUGAUUCCCUCCUGUUGUCGGUGGGCGGAGCCGACACGGCGCUGAUGAUCUGGACCAGAGAGCCUCUGGGUCACAAAGAGAGCAAAGCUGUGGACAGUGAGGAAUCAGAUGACGAUACUGAGGAGGAUGGAGGUACACACAGGGGCUUUUAUUGUGAAAGUCUCCCCUCAGAGAUUUUCAGAAUAAAAGAGUUGAGAAGCUACAGGUUGUCUUCGUCUUUAGUCCAGUUUAAGUCAAGGAGGACAGUUUAGACAGACUAGUUGCUGUUUUAUUUUCAGGAUAUGACAGUGACGUGGCCCGGGAGAAGGCUGUGGACUACAUCACUAAGAUUUACUCUGCUAGCAUCAGGAACAUGACAGGAACCAGACCUCACCUGCAGCACAAAGAACUUCCUGUGGAGGACAGGUAACACCCCAAACUGAAAUUUUAUUUUGUAAAUGAAGUAAAACAAAUAUGUUUACCCUAACCCUAACACUUCAAAGCCAGGUCCUUCAAAAACUGCAGCCUCUCUACCGGGACGCAGUCAGUUUUUAAUUUUGUGGACUGUCCUGCUGUAAUGACACACAAUAAAACAAACACUUUGUUUCCCUGCUGCCCCUGAAUGCCUCUCUGCCAGGCCUCCUGUCAGCCGAGCUGCUCCGCUGCCUGAUAAGCUGCUAAGGAACAAUGUGACCAAGAAGAAGAAGGUGGUAGAGGUGAGUGUGAGCAGGUCAGCUGACUGUCGGGUCACAUGACCCCACUGCUCUCAGCUGACCAUACCUCAUGUUGUGUUCAGGAGCUCAUGUUGGAACACGUCUUCGGCUACAGAGGCUUCGACUGUCGCAACAACCUGCAUUACCUCAACGACGGCGCUGACAUCAUCUUCCACACGGCCGCCGCUGUGGUCAUCCAGAACCUGUCAGCAGGUUGGUAGCACGUCAAGCUUUUUCUUCUUCUUCUUCUACUACAUUAAAUGCUGCUAAUUACAUCACAGCUCCUGCUUCCUGUCCUGACAGGAACUCAGAGUUUCUACCUUGAACAUACCGAUGACAUCCUGUGUCUUACUGUCAAUCAGCACCCAAAAUACCAAAACAUCAUCGCCACGGGCCAGAUCGGUGAGUUUCAGAGAUGAGUCCUCUUCGGAUAGUCUAAAUCCAGUUUAAAAGCAGCUGAAUAUUUAUGCAAGCUUCACGCUCACUUCACUGUGACAGCAGGGAGGACUCAAGAGGGAUUUAAAUUCACUGCAACACCUUAAAGUUUGACAGUAAGGUCUGCGAGGAGGAAUAGUUCAAACGCAGAGACGUGCUCUAGGAAGAAAGGGUUCAAAAUAAACUUGAACAGUCACCACAGACUGUCAUCCUCACAGAGUCAGCUCUGACUGGAGGAUUAGUGAUUUAGCUCCUUUUCCCCGCUCUCCAGACUGAAGAUGAUGUUCAGAUUUUAGGCUGCAGAGUGUUUGAUCGCCGUGUUCUUCUCAUCCAUGACCGGCUGCUUUUUGCUUUUUGCCCGCUACACCUCUUUUCUUUCUCGCUGCUUCCUCAUUGUCACCGCCUCACCUCAUCACCAGGUGACAUCAGCGACCUGCCAGGUAAGCCCUUCAGCUGUCACUCAUCUCUGACCCACCCUCACUAACUCUAACUAACUCAUGGUGUGUGUGUUCAUGUGGCGAGCUCAGAGUUUAACCUUGUUGGUGACGUUGGCUCUCGGAGCGUAGAGGCGGAGGCGUCAGGUGAGUACCAGCAGAGAAGUUCCAGAACCGUCUGUGUUUAGCUCCGCCCCCUGUGCUGUCUGUCAGAGAGCAUUUCUGCAUUGACAUGGAUCCAUAUGAAAUCACUGUUUAUUCUCCUUUAUGUUCUCCGACAUCUCUAAAGUCUUUUAACCAUGUCACCUUUACAGACACAUUUCUGUGUCCUCUAAGUCUGUGAGCUUCCGCAAGUUUUUUCACCUGAUUUUUUUACUCCUGCUUUCACAGUUCAAAAUGUAUAAAAUAUUACACCCUGUCGUUACAAAUUCAAAUUUUAAAGACUUGUCAUGAUAUUCAGUGAAAACGGCACAGACUCUCCUCAGAAACUUCAUCAUAUCAUAUUGACCCAAAUCUAGGACAUUUUAAAAAGAUCCGUUUUCUGGACUGAUUUUUAGGAGUAGGAAUUUAAAGCAGCACAAAGAUGGCAGCCUUUGUCUGAGGUUGUCAACUAACAACAUAGACAACAUUGUUUUAUUCAAGUAAAUCCACAAAUUCUCACAGAUCACAUUUAUUUUUGAUCUAUCAGACACUCUAAAAGUGACUUCUUUGUUUGGUGGAAAAGCUCCUGGAUGUCACAGAAAUAUGCCGAUAUUGUAAACACAACAAUAAAUCGUCACAUACACCAGCAUACAACUUGGAAUGUUUAAGCGCUAACCCCUGAAUUUUAACAUUCUUACCGUUUUUCAUGUAUUUGGGUCUGGUUCAGCCCCUUUGGUCUCACCACUUCGCUGUAUGUGAAGUUUAGUAUUUUAACAUGAGACUCUAUUGGGUCUGAUUCACCUUAGAGGACAGCCUCUAGUGGACAUUCAGAGAACUGCAUAUUUUGCACUUUUGCGUUGGUUUAAUUUUUCAGCUACAGAGGCUACUGCUAUGCUUGUUUGAUGUCUGAAAUGUAGUUUGAGAACCCUGAGUCUGACUAUAAUUAGUCAGGGAGCAUCAUGCUGCAUUGAAGAAGACAAUAAACUAGAGACUGAGGUUAUGAACUUGCCUUUAAAAUGUUUGCUGAGGUAGAAUGUCUAUUUGUGCAGACUGUCAGAAUGAUUUGGACACCUCCUGCUAGACAAUGCAGGUUCAGGACAGUUAUGUCUUGCAUCCAUUUCUCAUAGACAGUCAGUAGUAUGAAUGAAUAGCCCUAAACAAUAUUUUCAUUUUGGUCCAUAUCUGUGCAGUCAGACUUCAGCACAAUGGAGCUGUAUACAGCCCUUUAUUAGCGCCUGUUGUCAGCAUGUGCAUCUAGCUGAGCUAGCCUGGAUGUUACUGUUUGGUGCGUGUCGUGUUUGUGGUUUAGAGACAGAUCUUCCCACAGUUCUUGGAAAAAUUAGCCGUGGAUGUGUUGUUUGGUUUCAUAGAUAUCAGGGCAUGAACACCAGGUAUGACUAUUUAUCAAACUGCAGUGACAUUUUCCAGCCUGUCAGAGCCCUGAUGUUGUGGAAUUAACAGUCCGGUACUCUGACCCAGAGCAGUGAACCUUCCAGACAGAUUUUAGCAAGAUAACACUAAUGAUCUCUACAGGAUAGACCUCAAUGAUGAAUUAUUCUCAGGGCCCAACAUGUUGAAAAUUAGGUUUUCCUUGCAUUCUCUAGCUUAGGAACCCAGAGUGGACAGACCCCUUGCAUUCUUUUCUGCAAUCCAUCUACUAGAAAACUAGCUUCUAUAAAAAGAUCGAUUCAACCUCCUGUGGUGAUGUAACAACAGGAGUGAUUUGCGUAGGCCUGCAUGCAAAACUAUCACCAUUCUGUGGGUGAUUCUGCCUUGCCACUAGGUUACUGUGGUUUUGCUGUAAAGUCGUGAUGUCAAAGGUUAGAGUCAGACAUGCCAACUUCUCUGAUGUAGGUAGAAGAAAGGGAAUAACAAGUGUCCAUGUUCUGUCCCCGCACAGGAUGACCAAAGGAAACAGUGACUGUUUAACUGUUUCUGGUAACCUUACCACUUACACUACAAGAAGGGCUGGACAUAUACAACUACUUAAGAAAGUUGGAAUAACAUUUAAACUCCAGCAUAUCAACCAGAGACAUGCUGUGGUAACCAUGGCUUCAAAUCUCCAACAGUUUUCCUCCUCUUAUUCAGGGUCAAGGACUUGGUUAUUUGUACAGUAUGCUAGCAUGGAUUCUCCUGGAGCGCUCACCAAGCUCUGUGUUUUUCUACCUCUGCACCCUCCCUACCCACACAGCAUUCAAGCAGCCAAUCAGAGCAAUUCCGUAAUAUCUUAACAACCCACUCAGAUCCCUGUUGAUGAUGAAGUUAGAAACAGAGGCUGCGAAGACUCUACAGACGCUAAGUUUUUGAUGAUUUAUUUUGCAAUUUAAACCUUGUCUAGCAGGAGAUGUACCAACCAGCUAAAAUUACUACGGAUCUUUGAACCUACUGGGACCUUUAACUGCACCAAAUAAAAUUACCCAGAAGUAUUGCAGAUCAAUUAAAAACCCAUGUACCAACCAAGGACAUGUUGAGGGUAAAAUAAUGUCCCAGAAACUAACUUGAGCCUGCUACCGCUCUGGUCCCCUCUAGAUUCUCCAGGCCUUGUAGAAAGACCUUUUGGUGCAAAGUCAGUGUACAGUUCCUGAACUACUCAAACUUCGAAGUUCUUAGGCCUUUUGGUUCCUUGCAUCCUUUGCUCCUUGGUCACUUGAUGCCUUGGUUGUGUGGUUCCUCAGUCCUGUGGCUACUGUGUGUCUGAUACACUUAUCUCAGGCCUUGCUCCAUCCAUCCAUGUGUGGGAUGCUAUGACCAAGCAGACGCUGUCCAUCCUCCGCUGUUCCCACGCCAAAGGUGUCGGCUACGUCAACUUCAGUGCCACAGGAAAGCUGCUGCUGUCCGUAGGGGUGGAGCCUGAUCACACCAUCACAGUGUGGAGGUGGCAAGAAGGUAACAACCUCACUUUCAUGUUUUCUGACUUUUUUGAGAGUGAUUUAAAGAAUGAGAUUUAUUUAGGAGCAGGGGUAGUUUUAGUCUCUAGGGUCAAAUCUGGUGUCCCAGUGCAGUAACAGCCUCAUAUACCUGUUUACCAGGUACCAAGGUAACAAGUAAAGGUGGCCAUGCUGAGCGGAUCUUCGUGGUGGAGUUCAGACCGGACUCUGACACACAGUUUGUGUCGGUGGGGAUCAAACACAUCAAGUUCUGGACUCUGGUUGGGGGAUCACUCAUGUAUAAGAAAGGAGUGAUCGGCUCGGUGGAGGAGGGUCGUAUGCAGACCAUGCUGUCUGUCGCUUUUGGUGCUGUAAGAGAAACAGUGCAGUCUCAUAUCUCUGAAUCUGAUUCACGAUGAAAUUGUCUGUAUUUUCGGUUCAUUUUUUCUUUUUUUUUUGGACUGUCUUCCCUCCCAGAACAAUCUAACAUUCACUGGUGCUAUAAAUGGAGACGUGUACGUAUGGAGGGAACACUUCCUGAUUCGAGUGGUGGGAAAGGCUCACAGUGGGCCGAUCUUCACCAUGUACACCACCCUGAGGGAUGGACUCAUUGUCACCGGGGGGAAGGAACGACCGUGAGUACUCAAUAAGAAACUCUGCUCAGAGUCAGUAUAAGUUUGAUGAUCAGGAUGAUAUGAAUGAGUCUGGACAGGAUCACCAAACCCCAUCUGGCAACACAUGAGCAUCCACUCAAACUCCAGAAACAUGAUGGACUCACUGUUAAAGUGCAGGGUUGGGUGUGACGGCACAUUUAGGAGGGAUCGGGGCAAGGUUUCAGUUCUCAAAAGAUGCAUCCGUGUGUCCCUCACAUGCAUCUUAGUCCCUUCCUCCAGAGAUGCAAGGAACUAAAGAGAGAGAAAAGGAAAAAGAGCAUCACGUUUAUCACCCCUAUCUCCUAAUUCUCUCUUCUCCAACUUGUUAUAAAGGCCAUGGGAUGCCACUAAACUAAACUAAGACUUUCUGAAUGUCUUGUGAUAUGAUGGAGGAAAUUUCAGAAGUAUGCAUGAAAUCAGAUUAGUGAUAAUAAACUGUGAUGUUUGUGUGUAUGACAGGACCAAAGAGGGCGGGGCUGUGAAGCUGUGGGAUCAGGAGAUGAAGCGCUGCAGGGCAUUUCAGCUGGAGACGGGGCAGCCGGUGGAGAACGUGCGGUCCGUCUGCAGAGGGAAGGUAGAGGACAGAUGAAAUUGCGUAAUCCCUGACACAGCAUGAACACAAUGAUGCUGUCAGCACUUUCUUUCUGCAACAACCGCUGCAGUUUGAGAGGUCAUGUUCCCUAAUCUGUCCAUGAUUUAGUGGUUCCAACAAGUACCACAAACAGUUUGAGCUGUGCUCUUAAUCAAACACUAUUUUCACAUCAGGUUGAACCACUUUCUGACACUCUUCUCUCUCUGGUCCCUGAUGGUCCAGGGUAAAAUCCUGGUAGGAACCAAAGAUGGAGAGAUCAUCGAGGUCGGGGAGAAGAAUGCUGCCUCUAACACCAUGAUCAACGGACACACUCAGGGAGGGAUCUGGGGUUUGGCCCCGCAUCCUUUCAAAGAUGUUUUCAUCUCUGCCAGUGAUGAUGGGACCAUUAGGAUCUGGGACCUGGCUGAUAAGGUACAGGUCUGAGGAGCAAGCAUGGGGGUUCAGCACUGUAACUGUCUACUCACUUCAGGUGUUUUCUAUUUUCUGUGUCAGAAACUCCUAAACAAGGUGAGUUUGGGUCAUCCUGCCAAGUGCACCUCCUACAGUCCAAAUGGAGAGAUGGUUUCCAUCGGGAUGGAGAACGGAGAGUUCAUCGUCCUGCUGGUGAACUCGCUCACUGUCUGGGGCAAGAAGAGAGACCGUAGUGUGGCCAUCCAGGACAUCCGGUACCGUCUCAGUUUCUGACAGACAUCAGGACACACAGAGGACAGUAACCAAGUCAAACACUAAACAUUGAACCUUUUGGGGGUUUCUGGGGGUUCAGGUUCAGUCCAGACAACAGGUUCCUGGCUGUGGGUUCAUUAGAGAGUGCAGUGGAUUUCUACGACCUCUCUCUGGGACCGUCCCUGAACAGGAUUGGUUACUGUAAGGAUAUCCCGGGUUUUGUCAUCCAGAUCGACUUCUCUGCAGACAGCAAACACAUCCAGGUAAAAUCAAGUUCUGGACUCCCCGUCUGUGUGGAGACAGAAAUAUACCAGGUUAAAUCAGUCCGAGGAGUCGUGUUUAUACCCUUCUCAACUCUCCUAAAACUCUCCUAAUGUCCAUCCAGGUGUCCACAAGCACCUACACUCGGCAGGCGCAUGAAGUCCCGUCUGGGAAGAUGGUCACAGAGCCAGCUGUGUUAGAGAGGAUCACCUGGGCUACCUGGACCAGGUAGGUGGCAUUUGGGCAUGUAAUGGGGCCUCUGCUGUUAAGAGACCCAAAGCAGUCGCCUGAAUUUUCUGUGUGUCAGAGUCUGCCACUGAUCAUAUUGUACUGGGAUGUGUUGGAUCAAGAAUUUGAGCGUAUCAUUUAGAUUAUUAUCUGCUUAUAUUAUGAGAUAUUAUAAUAUUUUUUAUCAUAUAAUAUCAAAUCAAACCAUAUGGUAUGUCAUCGCAUAUCAAAUUAAAACGUAUCAAAUUUCAUAUAAUCUCAUACUCUGCCAUACCACAUUAUAUCAUAUAUUAUAUCAUAUCAUCAAUUAUAUUUACCAUAUCAUACAUAUCAUAUCCUAUCAAAGGAGUUUGUGUAAAAUCUUUUUAUAUUAUAUCAAAAAUGUUUUGUCUUAUCAUACAACAUUUAAACAAAUCAUAUCUUAUAUCACCUUCGAUCAUAUUAAGUCAUUGGUAAUAUAUCGUUAUCAGAGUGUCAUGUCAUCUCAUACUCUCAUCAUAUUUUAUUUCAGAUAUCAUCGUAUCAUAUUUUGUCUUAUCAUACAGCAUGGUAUUUAAACAUUUCAUAUCAUGUCAUUUAUGUUAAAAAGAGUAUCAGAUACAAAUGGUAUAUCAUAAAAAAUUUGAUCAUACUGUUUUAUAUUUUAUUAAGUCAUUUUUAUCAUUAAAAUAAAAUAUAUGUUGUUACCUUUUUUGUAAUACUGGUUCAUACAUCAUUUAUUGUGUCAUUAUGUAUUACAUAUCAUAUAUUAUAAUGUAUACCAUUGAUUGUAUUGUGUUGUUUAGUCAUUCAGGUUUUCAUGUCAUUAAUUUUUAUUGCUGUUCUUAGUUUUCAAAAUCUCAUCUAAUAUCAGAUUGUAUCACAUGAUAAUGUUUGCUGUGUCAUACUUCACUGUGUUUUAUCAAGUUGCAUUGUUUUUGUAUCAUAUCCAGAGUUUCCUUAUUGUAGAUUCUAAGAAACUAGCUGAAGUUUCUCUGGACUUUUACAAAGAUCCUUAAAAACUGACCAUGAGGAACAGAGCCAUGGGGUUGUACAGCAGAACUGUGAAUCCAUAAUAAAAGUGUCGCUCAUGGUAUACACUGUAGACCUCUAAAGGUUAACUGCAGAUCACAAAGACCUGACUGCUAAUCUUUCUAAAUCAGCUGGUCACCCUGCAGAACACAGUGUGCGCCCCAGAGAGCCAGCUGUAGAUUUAGGGUGCUAAAUGUUAGUCUUUAAUAGCUGAAUCUUUGGGACCAGGGAUGAGGGAACUUCUUGAAAACAUGGGUACCCUCCAUAUCGAGUGUCUUGAUAUGUUCUGGUUCCAGCAUCCUGGGUGACGAGGUUCUCGGCGUUUGGCCUCGCAACACUGAAAAGGCCGAUGUGAACUGUGCUUGUGUUUCACACGCCGGACUCAACCUGGUGACCGGAGAUGACUUCGGCCUCAUCAAGCUCUUUGACUUCCCAUGUCCAGAGAAAUUUGUGAGUGAUUGUUUAUCUGACAGUGACUCCUGUGAGCAGACAAGGACACCUCCUCACCUCUGUCAUCUCUCCACAGGCCAAACACAAACGAUACUUCGGUCACUCGGCCCACGUGACCAACAUUCGCUUCUCCUGUGAUGAUAAAUACGUCAUCAGCGCUGGAGGCAGUGACUGCAGGUGAGAGCAAGUCCUGAUUUAUCAGACUGGUUCAGAGGAAAGGUUUCAAACUGAGUCAGUGAAGGUGAUCUCUGUCUGUCUGUUUCUCUUUACAGUUUAUUUGUGUGGAAAUGUCAGUGA